UCCGUGGCGUGGAGGAAACCUCCCUGGGUUUCAAGGCAGAUACGUCAGGUUGCUUCUUGCACUCUGGAUCACGAAUCUGCAAGAGAGUGUCGCUGGCUUAGGCACAAAGUGAACGAGACAGAGAUCUGCACGUUAUCUGCUCAGAGUCCAAACCUCACCUAGAGCACAGCAGCCUCAGAGGACCAUGGCACUUGCUGGGAUGUUGAGCAACGAGGACAUCAAGGCUGCAGUCCAAGCUUGUCAAGCUCCAGGCACAUUUGACUUCAAGUCUUUCUUUGCACGAGUGGGAUUGAACGGCUCCUCUGAGGCUGACAGGAAAAAAGUGUUUACAGUUCUGGACCAAGAUAAGAGUGGAUACAUUGAGGAGGAGGAGCUCAAACUGUUCCUUCAGAAUUUCUCUCCAGGGGCCAGGGAGCUGACUGUGGCUGAGACCAAGGCUUUGAUGGCUGCAGGAGAUAAAGAUAGUGACGGCAAGAUUGGGAUGGAAGAGUUCUAUGAUCUCCUGAAGUAGAGACAUUAAACACAUAAUGUCACCACCGUUUUCCCCUUUUUGGAACCAUGGAUUUCUUCUGGGGAUCCUGAUUUUCCUAAGUGGUUCAUUAAAAAAAAAAAAACCCAAACCUCUGCUAUUCUGUACCUGCCUGCUACUUUCCCUGUUGAUGUGAUACC